UGUCGUCUUAGCUCUCACACACACACACACACACACACACACAGACAUGUCACUGCAGCUUCAAUCCGACCCGGUUCGGGUUCUGGUUCGGCUGCUCUGGUUCGUAACGUGCCUGGGAUGUUUGCUGGUCCGGUCCGGAGCUUCAGAGGAGGCGGACCGGAGCCCGUGGUACCGGGAGCUCUGCAGUUAUAAAUGGGAGGCGAUAGAUCGGGAUAACAAAGUGAGCUACACGCUAAAGCUCUGCGAGUCGUCACCGUCGACCAGCUGCGGCCCCGGCACGGCCGUCUGUGCUCGGGACCUCACCACCAACACGGACCGGUCUGUCGGUGAUCUGUCCCUGCAGAGGCUCGCCGGCAAAGUGCUGGACUUCAACAACACGCAGAAAUGUCCGGGAAGCAACAACAACAUUCAGAGCAGCAUCAGCUUCCAGUGUGGGAAAACCAUGGGGACCCCGGAGUUUGUGGCCGUGUCUCAGUGCGUGCAUUACUUCGAGUGGAGGACCUACACCGCCUGCAAGAGCGACAAAUUCAAACCACACAAAGAGGUGCCAUGUUACGUGUUCGACUCGGACGGGAAGAAGCACGACCUCAGCCCUCUGAUCAAAGGCAGAGACGGGUACCUGGUGGACGACGGCGACGACAGCGUCGACUUCUACAUCAACAUCUGCCGGAGUCUCGACUCUCCAGACAAACCCUGUCCAGAAGGUUCUGCAGCCUGUCUGGUCACCGCUCAUGGCACCUUCAACAUGGGCUCUCCUAAGAACCAGCUGGAGCUGGUGUCCAGCGACAGACUGAGGUUACAGUAUGAAGUCAGUCCUGGUUCAUCUCCUCCUAUGUGCAAUGGUCACACUCCAGGAGUCACCAUCACUUUCAUCUGCCCGUCCAGCAGACACUCGGGCAGCGCCCCGAAGAUGACGGCAGAGUCGAACUGUCGCUACGAGGUGGACUGGGUGACGGAGUAUGCCUGUCACAGAGACUACCUGGAGAGCCACACCUGUAAGCUGAGCAGCGAGCAGCACGACCUGUCCAUAGACCUGACGCCUCUCACCCUGAGCUCUACAGAUUAUCCGUACUACGCUCACUCUGGGCCCAGCGACGGGGACGAAAGCUACAUCUACUACCUGAACGUGUGCGGGAAGAUUCCCACCAAAGAAUGUGGCGACGACGAGUUUAUCUCGUCCUGCCAGGUGAAGAAGUCCAAAGACGCGAAGAAGGUGGCCGGGAGAUAUCAGAACCAGACGCUACGUUACUCAGACGGAGAUCUGACUCUGAUCUAUCCUGACGGCGCCAAAUGCUCCACCGGCUUCCAGAGAAUGACCAUCAUCAACUUUGAGUGCAGCCAGAACGCAUCAAACGGCGGCAGAGGGAGUCCGGUGUUUUCUGGCGAGACGGACUGCACGUAUUACUUCAGCUGGGAGACGGCGUUCGCCUGCGUCAAAGAGAAGGAGGAUCUGCUGUGUCGAGUCAGAGACGAACACAAACACUACGACCUCUCACCCCUCACGAGAUACCCCGGGUCAGACGGUCAGAACUGGGAGGCGGUGGACGCCCAGUCUCCAAAGUCGGACUCCCGCUUCUACCUGAACGUCUGUCACAAAGUCCUCCAGACGGGAGCUGCCGCCGGCUGCCCGAUGAACUCAUCCAUCUGUGCCGUGGGUAAAGAUAAGACCGUCAGUCUGGGCGGCUUCCUCUCGGCUCCCCAGAAGACUAAAAUAGGAAAUGACAUCAGACUGGUGUACACAGACGGAGAUAUGUGCAUGAACAAGAAGACGAGGAUCCAAACCAUCCUGACCCUCAAGUGCAAACCAGGAGAUCUGGAGAGCGCUCCCGUCCUUCGCAGUGUUACAUCCGACGGCUGCGUGUACGAGCUGGAGUGGUACACCGCCGCCGCCUGCGUCCUCUCCAAGACGCAAGGAGACGACUGCAAGGUGGAGGACCGCCAGGCUGAACUCUCCUUCGACUUGUCUCCCCUCUCCAACCCCGCCAGCGGCUACUACAACCUGACGAGCGGGAACUACGACUACUACAUCAAUGUGUGCGGCCCGCUCAAAGGCACCAGGUGUCCUGAAAAGGCCGGAGCGUGUCAGGUGGAAAAGAGUUCCUGGAGUCUCGGCGAGGCGAACUCCCGCCUGUCGUACUACGACGGUCUGAUCCAGCUGACUUACAGUAACGGCUCGAAGUACAACAACAAAGAACACACACUCAGAUCCACGAUCAUCUCCUUCCUCUGUGACCCAGAAGCCGGAGCUGGAAGACCCGAAUUCCAGGUCGAGGACAAUUACACCUAUAAUUUCCGCUGGUACACGUCCUAUGCGUGUCCACCAAGACCUCACGAGUGUUUGGUGACAGAUCCUGAAACUCUCGACCAGUACGACUUAUCCAGCUUGUCACGCUCCACCUCCGGCAGCAACUGGCAGACCAUGGAUUUGUCCGACACCAUGAACCUGAAGAAGUACUACAUCAACAUAUGUCGGCCUAUCAACGCUGUACCCGGCUGUGACCGGCACGCGUCCGUCUGCCAGAUGAAGUACAUAUCCGAUCAGGGCUCACCGAAGGAGGUGGUGUCAGUCAGCAACAUGGGGAUUUCCAAGCGAGGGCCGAUCAUCGAGGGCCGUGACCGCCUCCUGCUGGAGUUCACGGACGGCUCCGUCUGCGUCUCGGACGGCCAGGCGCUGACGUACACGACGCGCAUCCACCUGGUCUGCUCCAGAGGAUCUGGGUCGACGGGCCCGAGGUUCCUCAUGUACCAGAACUGCACCGCCAACUUCAUGUGGGAGACGAGGGCGGCCUGCGCCAUCACCACCACCAAGAACGACAGCUGUGCUGUAGUCGACCCAAACACCGGCUUCGAGUUCAACCUGCAGCUUCUGGCCUCUAAGACCGGAUACAGCAGGGAGGCCAACGGAAAGGUGUUCCGGGUAAAUAUCUGCUCAGACGCGCCUGACUGUGGACCGGGCAUGGCCGGCUGUGUGCUGGAAGACGGACAUCCCGUGAGCCCGGUGGGAGUGGAGAAGAGCCUCCAGUACUCGACCGACGGUCUGCUCAAACUGACUUAUAAAGGACCGCUGGACAGUCCCACAGCGACCCGGGACACGUUCACCAUUAACUUCGUGUGCGAUCCGAACUCUCAUGCUGGAGUACUGAAACUGCUGCGAGAGGAAAUGAGUUCACUACCGGGCCGCGUGAUCCACGACGUCCUCCUCGAGUUCUCCACAGCUCUGGCCUGCAUCCCGGCUCCGGUCGACUGUCAGAUCAGCGAUUCCCACGGUAACGAGUACGACCUGAGUCACCUGACCCGGGACGCAGACGACAGCCCGUGGAUCGCCAUAGAUACCGACGCCGUCAGAUCUCGCAGCUUUUACAUCAACGUCUGCAAACCCCUCCCCCCUCUGAACGACUGUCCAGUCGGUCCUCUGGGUGCCUGUGGCAUGAUCGACGGGAAGAGUUUCAACCUCGGAUACAUCCAGUCCACCCCGCGGGCGGCGGAGGACGGCUCCAUCAGCAUCGUGUACCAGAACGGAGACCGGUGUGGAUCCACGUCCCACUACUCGACACGCAUCAUCCUGCAGUGUGACGACAACCCGGGCUCGCCCAUGUUUGACCGUAAGGACGGCUGUGAAUACGUCUUCAUCUGGAGGACGUCGGAGGCCUGUCCCAUCAGGAAGUCUCAAGGUGAUGACUGCCGGGUUCGCGACCCCCGGAGCGGCUACGAGUUCAACCUGAGCUCUCUGAAGGGUCGAGAUUACCCCGUCACGAACGGCAAGUACACCUACCACCUGUCGAUCUGCGGCGGGCUGGAGAGAAGAGUCUGCACCCACGGAGACAGCGGGGACCAAAGUGUGUCCUCCUGCCAGGUGGACGGAGACAAGCACAAGAUCGCAGGACUUGCCAACCAGGUUCUGAGUUACGUUGGAGACCAGCUCAUCCUGAACUACACCAACGGAGACACCUGUCACAAGAUUUACCAAAGAUCCACAGAGAUCUACUUCUCCUGCCACCCUGACAGACAUCCUGGAGUGCCAGAGUUCAUCAAGGAGACUCCAGACUGCACCUACCUGUUCAGCUGGCCCACCGCUCUGGCCUGCAUCCCGGUCAAAACCACCAGCUGCUCUUACAAUGACGGUCAGGGUCACUCGUACGACCUCUCUCCUCUGGCUAUGGAGUCUCGGAACUGGGUGGUGGAGGCGUCUACAGUCGACACGGACAAACAGUAUUACAUCAACGUCUGCAGGUCGCUGGUGCAGCAGGGAGAUUCAUGGAAGUGUCCCUCCAGCGCCGCGUCCUGUCGGAAGGUCGGAGACGCGUACGAGAGUCUGGGGCAGGUGCAGUCCAGUCCCACGAUGGACAGAGGCGUCCUGAAGCUGCAGUACUCCAGCGGACAGGCCUGUCCUCACGACAGCAGCCGCAACAGGAGCAGCAUCAUCCGCUUCAAGUGUGACAAAGACAAAGUGGACUCCCGGCCGACUCUGAUCUCUGCCAUCGAGGACUGCGUGUUCACUUUCCUCUGGUUAACAGCAGCCGCCUGCCCUCUGGACAGGACCACACACGACAACUGCAGGGUCACGAACCCGGCUACAGGUCAUUUGUUCGAUCUCAGCCCUCUGACAAAGGAACGCGGUUACACCGUGUACGACCACAAGGACCAACGGAAGAUGUUCCGCAUGAACAUCUGCGGGAGCGUGACCAAUGCUGGAUGCAGCCCUGAAGCAGCCGUGUGCAUCAAUGACGCCGGCACUGUGACGAGCGGCGGUCAGGUGAGCAGGAAACUCUCGUACAAAGAUCACAUCCUGGAGCUGACGUAUGAAGGAGGAAGUCCGUGCGCGGCAGACCCGAGCCUCAAACACAGCAGCAUCGUGCAGUUCAUCUGCAGGCCUCCUAACAUGGGCUCGGCCCCUCCAGAGCCGGUUCUGAUCGACUCGAGCGCUGAGACCUGCACACACAUCUUCUCUUUCCACACACCGCUCGUCUGCGAACAGCCGGUCAAGUGUUCGGUCCAGAGCGGCUCUGCUCUCAUCGACCUGACUCCUCUGAUCCACGUCAGUGGAUACUACAAAGCGACAGACGUCGCGCUGGACCCAAGCGACAAAUCUCCAGAAUUCUACGUCAACGUCUGUCAGCCUCUGAAUCCGAUCCCCGGGGUCACCUGCCCAGCUGGCGCCGCCGUCUGUGUAGAUCCUGUUAACGGACCUCCCAUGGACAUUGGACGGACGACCAGCGGCCCUGAGAUCAAUCCUGCGACAGGCGAAGUGUCCAUCACUUACCACAGCUCCUCCCAGUGCGCGACUAACCCUGCACAGAACUACACAUCCACCAUCAUCUUCACCUGCAAGAGAGGCGUGCAGCUGGGCUCUCCACAGAUGCUGAAGCUGCAGGGAUGCGUCUAUUUGUUCGAGUGGGCGACUCCGUUAGUCUGCUCAGACGCCACCCACAUCAACGGCUGCAUGCUCACGGACACACAGCUCCAGUUCACCUUUAACCUGUCGGCGCUCACCGGUGAAGUCACGGUCCCGACGAGCUUCGGCGAGUACCACAUCAACGUCUGCAGCUCGGUGUCGGAGCCGGCCUGUAAGAACAGCGCGGUCUGCCGGGUGUCCGGUUCUGGUUCGUCGCUGUCGGCGUCAUCGUUUGGCAUGAGCCAGGCCAUGAACAUGGACUACAGACACGAUGAGCCGGGCGUGAUGAUGCAGUAUGGUGGAGGAGAUCCGUGCCCAACAGUGACCCUGGAGAACGAGCUGUGCGUGUUCCCCUUCACUUUCAUGAGCAAGUCGUACAGCGACUGCACCACAGACGGGAGGACGGACGGCAGGAAGUGGUGCGCCACCACCGCCGUCUAUGACACGGACAGGAAGUGGGGGUUCUGCAGCGCGAACGUUUCGGCCCCUGCCAAGCGUCAGUCGUCAAUUUUGUUCACCUGCAAUCAGACCGCCAGUCACGGAUCACCGGUGCUGUUCUCGGAGACGGCAGGUUGUUCGGCCACGUUUCGGUGGCAGACCAACGCCGUCUGUCCGCCGACGAAGAUGGACUGUCGGCUGGUCAGCCAGCAUCAGAACUUCGACCUCCGAUCUCUGUCCUCCCUCACCAGGCCGUGGAAGUUCAGCCACCAAGGAGACUCAUAUUUCAUCAACCUGUGUCAGAGCGUCCACGGAGGAUUACUGGACUGUCCAGAAGGAGCGACCGUGUGCCGCCGCCCGGCCGGAGGAAAGACUCAGGUCCUGGGACGAGUUUAUACUCAGAGAAUGAGCUACACGGAUGGAAAAAUCUCCGUCAGUUACUCAGCUGGAGACGAUAUCUGUGGUAACGGCAAGCAGGCCAAGACUGUGAUCAAGCUCACCUGCGGCUCCACGGUCGGACACCCGGCACUCAUCAGUGUUGACAAGGCGUCAUGUGAGUUCCUGAUUGGCUGGGAGACUCGCUCGGCGUGCGCGGUGAAGCAGCGUGAGGUUUUGAUGGUGAACGGGACGAUACAGGUUCCCGACACGGGAGCCAUCCUCAGCCUGGGGGCGCUCUACUUCAGCCACCAUCAGGCGUCCGGAGACAUCCGUCCUAACGGCGACAAAUACAUCUACCACAUCCAGCUGUCCGGCAUCACCAACAACUCCCUGACCACGUGUCUCGGCGCCAACAUCUGCCAGGUCAAACUCAACGGAGACUACGACUAUCGCAAGAUCGCCUUCUCCAGCCAGGCCAAGUACUACAUCAAAGGAGGAAACCUGGACGUGAUUCUGUCCUCUAACUCCACGUGCAAGGAGGAAAAGACCAAAACGGUGUCGUCCACCAUCAUGUUCCACUGUAACCCGUCGGCAGGCGUCGGCAUCCCCGAGUUCAUGCGGGAGACGGACGAAUGCCAGUAUCUGUUCAUGUGGCACACCAACGCCGUGUGCAGCCUGACAGCUGUCGAAGAGAAGUCGUACGACGACGACGUCGGCGACAACGAGCCUCUUUCCAGGCGGAGCCGGGCGUUGGGCGCGAUACUGACCAUCCUGUUGGUCGGUCUGACCGUCUGCCUGCUCGGACUGCUGCUGCACAAGAGAGAGCGGAGAGAGCUGGUGAUCCAGAAGGUUGCGGGCUGCUGCAGGAGAGGAAACCAAGUGUCCUAUAAAUACUCCAAGGUCAACAUGGACGAAGAAGGAGGUGAAGAGGAGAUGGAGUGGCUGAUGGAGGAGCUCGAAGGCCCUCCCACGUCCUCCUCCUCGUCCUCCCACCGGGGCCGGAGUAACCACAGCAACGGCCACAUCACGACCAAGCCGGUGAACGCGGACGGUCUGCGCUCGUUCACGCUGGACGACCAGGACGACGACAGCGAGGACGAGGUGCUGAGCGUGCCCGGCGUGCGAGUGGUCAAAUCAUCCGGAUUCGCCGCGCGCUCUUCGGCCAAUCGCAGCGCUUUCCUUCAGGAGGAGAGCGACGAGGACCUGGUCGGCCUGCUGGAGGAGUCGGACAGGAAGAGGAAGAGCAGCAAACCUCGCUCCUCCUCGGGCCACGGUAACCACACGGCAGCCAAUAGGAAACGGGACGAGGACGACAGUGACGAAGACCUCCUCAGGGUGUGAUGUCACUUCCUCCUUUCCUGCGUUCCCUCGCCCUCCAAUCUGAACUCCUCUCUCAGCGAAUGUCUCCAAAAAUAGCGACGACGACGACGAAAUUCCAACGAUUUAUCGAACGCAGAAACCGAUCCUCUCUUUUGGGUUUUUGUUGGACUGCACCUUCCCUCGGGCCUCAGACUCUAUCCAGUCCACUGUCUACAGACUGUCGAUGUUAGCACAUGGUUUCUUAUUUAUUGAUAGCUGAUUAUUUAAAGUGUCCUGCGGGUCGUUUUUUUCCGACCCUCGCCCAGUUUUUCUCACAUUUUCUGAAAGAAUUCGUCACGUUUAUCGAACGCAGAGACUCAAAAAUCGACGCCAGAGGCACAAAAAAAAACGUCGCCUGCGAUGAGACACGUCGCUGAAAAGUCCGAUAGAUUAUAUCGUCUUUGUUUAUCUUCUUUUGAAAUGAAGCUGUGCCAUUGCUUUAGCACUUUAUCGUAGCAUUGAACUGUCAUGUGCGUGCCUCAUUGCAGACGAUAAAAAAAUAAUAAAACAAAGUCUGGCCGCGUUUUUGGAGUUGAUUUUUAGUUUCUAACAUCCCGGAUUUGAUAACUCCGACGAGAUUGAAAGUUUUUUGGGGCGGGAAAAAUCGAAAAGCUAUCAAAUGAAAUGAACGUAGGCGGUGAAGGUGUCGGCUUGUGUUUCUAAAGGGAAUGAAGAUUCGUCUUUUCUCGCUGUUUACAAUUGCUAUAAGAAGCAGAUCGUUUCUCUUUCUUUCCCCUCGAUAAGAAAGCACGAUGCCUUCCUGAUGAUGAAUUUAUUUUGCAUUUUCAUCGACGAAUCGUGUCCGGCGACAGAUUGAUUCUUGUCUUGUUUUGAUCAGAGACGUUGUACAUAGAUGAUAAUGUUCUAUAAUAUGGACGUUUUGUUCGUUCGUUCGUUCGUUCGUUUGUUUGUUCGUUUGUCGUCUUCACCGGUGAACUGCUCACACGUUUUUGUUUUUAUGAUUAUUUAAAAUGAUUGUCUGAGCUGAUUUAUCUGCAAGAAUCGGUGCGAAAAAUAGAGGUGGCCUUAACGCGUGAAUGGACGGUCGACGAGGACGGAGGUUGAAAGUGAGAUGUUAGUUUAGGUCGUGUUGGUUAUGAAGCCCCCGCCCCUUUCCUCCCGCCAAAGCCAUAUUUCUGCAGCCGACACUGGCACUAAUGUACGGAAGUUGGAAAGUUAGUUUCCGCUUGCACGCUCUCUUACAUUAAAGAGUUUUUUGGCAUUCAGGUCUGUGAUUGUGGAUGUUGCUGCAUCAAAAAGUGAGAUUUUAACACGGUAAAAGCCAAUUUAUUUUUUUGUAGUGCCGAACUCAGCCCUUUUUAGCCAAACGCAUGUGAGACGAAAGAAAAGAAGCGUAGAUGAAGAACACAGGACUUACAUUUAACAAACAUCCAGAGGUAUUAAGCAGAAACUCAAACUGACAGACUGCAGUGUUCCCACAUGAAGCAGUAUAAACAUUUAUUUAGUAUUUUCUUUUCUUUGGUCCCAGCCAAACCAGUUGAACCUUUUCCUGCAACUGUAACCAAACACGGUGACUCGUCCGUGCUCUCUGAAGUGUUUUCUGAGGCUGCAGCUGUUGUUUUCGUUAUUGAUUAAUCAUUUGAUUAUUUUAUAAAAUGUCAGAAAAAGUUCCCAGACUCCAAGGUGUGACGUCAGAUCAUCAGCGCAGAACCCGAACAUCUUUAAAACGUUUAACUAAUCCUCAGAUUAAAGAAGAAGAAUGUUGAAUCGCUUCUUCGCUGAUGAUGAUGUCCUUCAUGAUCAAAAACAAAACAUUUAUUUUGCUUCAAGUUCAUUCUGGAUUUGACAAAAAUAAAACAAAGUCUUCACUCAAGGUCCACUUACCAGCUUCUUCUGAAGCUUUCAACUUCUUCUAACAGCAGAUUUGGCAAUUGAUUAGUUGACUUGAAAGUUCGGGAAGAAUUUUGUAAGUUGGCCUCGAGUUAAGAGUUAAACUACUCUGUCCAAGUUUGAGGAACUGCUACGAAAUGAUCAGAUUAUUAAUCAGCAGCAGCUUUUCACUGUCAGCUCGUUCAAGUUGAUUAUCAAGUCCUAAAAUGUUCUUUAGAUUCUUUAGUCAGUCAGCCGAUCAGAACAAGUUUGAGAAGAUCACCAUGGGCUCUGGGCGACUGUGACGUUUUCUAGACGUGAUAAUUGAUUAGUUAACAAUGAAAGUAAUCUUCAGUUGCAGGCUGAGAGGUCGUCCAGCUCCUCAUCAGUUGUAUUUCAUGGAAACAUUUCGAGGUAUUCCAGGUGUCUUUCUCGGUGAUUCAUUGAUUUUGUAUUGAUUUGCAAUCAUGAAUGUUGUGCACUUACACUGAGUAGUUAUUACAUUGUCAGCGGUACAAAUGUUCGGUAUGACGGUAGAUUCGCGUUUCCUCAGUAUUCACAGAAACUUACCAACAAAACGUGAUGCUAAAAUCUCCAAUCAUUCAAUAAAGAGGGUUCAACUAUUCAGGGUAUUUCUAAAGCUUUGUACACAAACGUUUUUCUAAGAUGCCACUUGGUCCAAAAAUCACAGACAAAAAAAAAAAAAAAGGAUGCCAUCAUCGGAAACAUCAGUAUUUUAUGUAGUACCCGAAUAAUCAACAAACAGAAAACGUCGUCAUGUUCCCGUCCAUUUGUUGUGGGUGCUCGAAACUCAAGUGUAACUUUUCAGACGUGUUUUUUUUUUUGAGCGAGAUUGUCCAAAAAAGGUCGAGAAGAAUCGAAGGUUUGCUCACUCAUCACGUAAUCAGUUCAUUUCUUUGUAGAUUAACGAUCACAAAGUGUUUUACUCAAAGUAAAAUAGAAGAACAAGGUGAUAGUUUCCAAAUUAGUGCCAUUACAAAUGGAUCGCGUCAAGAAUCCUAACGUUUAGAGGUCGAGCAGACUUUUCCCGACCCUGUUGGACGGAGGUUUGAAGUGGGAUGAAAGCAUCCACCCGUUUGGCUCUUUGUAAAUCGACUCCUCUCUCCUGACGUAGUCUAAUUCAUUUCCGAGAAGCAGAUUGGAUCGGUUCAGUGAAGUCUCCUUUUCCCAUCGUCGCAUUAAAAAGUCUUUUUCUGCUGUAUUUAGCACCAAAGUUUGUGUGGCUCAUCUGCAUGGUACUGUACUGAACCUUCUCUUUCCUACGAGGAUACGAAUGGACCUUCUUGUGCUUUUUUUUUUUGUGUGUGUGUGUGUGCGUCUCUAACUUUGGGUUACGUGAAACUUAAUUCAGCGUCUGAGGAAAAAAAAAGCACAAGAACUCUUCUGUGAUGAUUCGGUAUGGGAGAUCAUUAUUAUGUUUUAGUUAGUGUAAGUUAUGUUGUCUGAUAUGUUUUUCAGCUCUUUGCCUGUUUUCCUAUUUAAAAGAACAUUGAUGUAAAAAAUAUUGCAUUAUUUGAAUAAAUAAGAUGCGCUGUU